UCCCGCAAUUAACACACAUAAAAAGCAGAAACAACAAUGCUGCUGCGCGCAAGGAGUAUAUCAGCAAGAAAGACAUCUGUGCUCAGACAGCGGGCCGCUACGCUUGUCGCGGCGCGCCGCGGGUUCGCGUCGCACUCGAACGAGUCGUUUGACCUCGGCGUGCCGCCAGAGUUCAAGUCGCGAACACCGCCCUACGCCGCUCUUCUCGGCCGUCUCGAGCAGGCGCGCAAGAUCCUCGACCGGCCGUUUACGCUCGCCGAGAAAAUUCUCUACUCGCACGUCGUCGACCCUGAAGAAGCCUUUGCGGGCAAGAACGGUAAUAUCCGGGGUGAGGUCUAUCUCAAGCUCAACCCCGACCGCGUCGCGAUGCAGGACGCGAGCGCGCAGAUGGCGCUUUUGCAGUUCAUGACCUGCGGCAUGAGCAACACCGCCGUGCCCGCCUCGAUCCACUGCGACCAUCUGAUCGUCGGCCACGACGGCGCCGCGGCGGAUCUCAAGGCCUCGAUCGCGACAAACAAAGAGGUCUUUGACUUUCUCCAGAGCUGCGCGCUCAAGUACGGCAUCCAGUUCUGGGGCCCUGGAUCCGGAAUCAUUCACCAGAUCGUGCUCGAGAAUUUCUCCGUCCCGGGACUCAUGAUGCUCGGAACCGACUCGCAUACCCCCAACGCCGGCGGGCUGGGAGCUAUCGCUAUCGGUGUCGGUGGCGCGGACGCCGUCGACGCGCUCACGGGCACGCCGUGGGAACUCAAGGCUCCCAAGAUCAUGGGCGUCAAGCUCACCGGCAAACUCAGCGGCUGGUCGGCUCCUAAGGAUGUCAUCACCCAUCUCGCUGGCCUUUUGACCGUCCGAGGCGGCACUGGAUUCAUCAUCGAGUACUUUGGCGAAGGCGUGGAAGCGCUCUCCUGCACCGGCAUGGCCACGAUCUGCAACAUGGGCGCCGAAGUCGGCGCCACAACCUCGACCUUCCCCUACACGGACUCGAUGAAGCGGUACCUGAUUGCGACGCGCCGCGAGCCGAUCGCGAACGCUGCCACCGCCGUCAACAAGAUGCACGGGUUCCUCCAAGCCGACGAAGGCGCGCACUACGACGAGAUCGUCGAGAUCGACCUCUCGACCCUCGAGCCGCACAUCAACGGCCCGUUCACCCCCGACUUGAGCACCCCGCUCAGCUCGUUCGGCGAGACCGUCAAGGAAAACAACUGGCCGGAGAAAGUCUCGGCCGGCUUGAUCGGCAGCUGCACGAACUCGUCCUACCAGGACAUGUCGCGCGUGGCCUCGAUCGUCAAGCAGGCAAAGGAGAAGGGCGUGCAGCCCAAGGUCCCGUUCUUCAUCACCCCCGGCAGCGAGCAAAUUCGCGCGACGAUCGAGAACGACGGAUUCACAGACGUCUUUGUCGACGCCGGCGCAAAAGUGCUCGCCAACGCCUGCGGCCCGUGCAUCGGCCAGUGGGCGCGCGACGACGUCUCCAAGGGCGAGCCGAACGCGAUCCUGACGAGUUUUAACCGCAACUUCCGCGCGCGAAACGACGGGAACCCGGAUACGAUGAACUUCUUGACCAGUCCUGAGAUUGUUACCGCGAUGAUCUACUCUGGCGACAUGGCGUUCAACCCCAUCACCGACAAGCUGCGCGACGCCAACGGCAACGAGUUUUUGUUUGAGCCCCCCACCGGUGAUGAGCUGCCCAAGAGCGGAUUCAAGCAGGGAGAUCUCAGCUACCUGCCCGAGAUCGACCCUGCGCCGAUUAUAUCUACGCAGGUCGCUGUCUCGCCUACCUCUGACCGUCUCGCGCUGCUCGAGCCGUUCGAGGCUUUCGACGGCAAGGAGAUGAAGCUGAACGUGCUGAUGAAGGUCAAGGGCAAGUGCACGACUGACCACAUCUCCGCUGCGGGCGCGUGGCUGAAAUACAAGGGCCAUCUGGAAAACAUCUCAAACAACACGCUGAUCGGCGCGAUGAACGAAGAAACCGGCGAAGUCAACAAAGCGUACGACUUUGACGGCACCGGGUACGGCAUCCCCGAGCUGAUGAUCAAGUGGAAGGACGAGGGCCGGCCGUGGGUCGUCCUGGCCGAGCACAACUACGGCGAAGGCAGCGCGCGCGAGCACGCCGCGCUCAGCCCGCGCUUUCUCAACGGCCGCAUGAUUCUCUGCAAGUCCUUUGCGCGCAUCCACGAGACAAAUCUCAAGAAGCAGGGCGUGCUCCCGCUCACGUUCGCGGACGAGGCGGAUUAUGACAAGAUCAAGAGCUGCGACGCGCUCGAGACGCUCGAUCUUUUGGAGAUGCUCGAGAACGAGGGCAAGGGAUCGGGGUUGAUCACGCUCAAGGCUACGCAUCGCGAUGGGUCAGAGUAUGUUUUCAAGGCUAAGCAUACGAUGAGCAAGGAUCAGAUUGAUUUCUUCAAGGCCGGAAGCGCAAUCAACUAUAUCGGAAACCUGCGCAGAGAGAGGGAGGCUAGUUUGUAAAGCCUUAUCUAGACUGUAUUUUAGAUUAAUGAUAA